CCUUCCGGCCGUCGCUCGCGGCCCGUCGUUUCCGGGCGCAGGUUGCGGAAGCCGCGGCUCCAUGUGGCGCCGGCUGCGCUCCGCCCUCGGGAGGCUCCUCGCGCCGCCCGCCGCGCCGCCCGCCAUGGAGCGGGCCGUGGUGCGGUGUGUGCCCUCCGAGCCUAAGCUGACGCUGCGGCUCGUGCUCCCCGACGGCAGCGCCAGGCACAUGCAGCGGGACAAGGCGGAGCCGCUGGGCCGGGUGCUGGCCCGCAUCGCCGCCAACACCGCCAAGGGUAACGCCAAGGCGGCGAAGAAGAGCAAGAAGGCGCGGGCGGCGGGUGCCCCGGCCGAGGAGGCGCCGGCGGAGGAGCCGGCCGUGCGGCUCUUCUCCUGCGAUGGGGAGGUGGUGGCCGAAGAGGUGCCCAACGCGGCGGCCUGGCAGGACGGCGCCGUGCUGCACAUCGGGGAGGCGCGGUACCGCGUGGAGCGCAACCGGCCCGCGCUCACCGAGCUCCGGCUGCCGCGCUCGCUGCUGGCCGGCUUCCCCGUGUGCCCCAAGGUGAGCACCGAGUUCGCCGCGCCACAGCACUGCCUCUUCCGCUGGUACCGCGAACAGCGGCCCUCGGCUGGCGGGGAGUCGGCGGCCGGUGAUGGCCCAGACUGGGUAGAGACGGCGGUCGUCGAGCGCGUUUUCAUCCCCUCCAACGCGCUGGUGGGGCUGCGGCUGAAGCUGCAGUGCACGCCCGGGGACGGGGCGCAGCGGUACGGGCCGCCCCGCGAGGUGGAGAGCAGCGGCCCCGUAGAGGCUGGUCCUGGCGCCUGCAUCUUCGACUCCCGGCACGCCUACACCAGGAAGGUCUGCGGAGAGGGCUCCGUCCGCACCGUCACCUACAACAUCCUGGCCGACAUCUACGCCCAGACGGAGUACUCCCGCACCGUGCUCUACCCGUACUGCGCCCCGUACGCCCUGGAGCUCGACUAUCGGCAGAACCUGCUCAAGAAGGAGCUGGCGGGAUACAGCGCCGACCUCAUCUGCUUGCAAGAAGUGGAUAAAUCCGUCUUCGUGGACAGCUUGGCUCCAGCUCUGGAUGCUUUUGGGCUCGAAGGGCUGUUCAAGAUUAAGGAGAAGCAGCACGAAGGCCUGGCCACUUUCUACCGUAGGGACAAGUUCAGCCUCCUAAGCCAGCAUGACAUAGCUUUCAGCGAAGCCCUGCUCUCAGACCCAGUGCACAAGGUGUUGUGUGAUAAGCUGGCCAAGUACCCCUUGGUGCAGGAGAAGGUGCUGCAGAGGUCAUCUGUACUGCAGGUUUCAGUUCUUCAGUCUACAAGUGAUCCUUCCAGGAAGAUUUGUGUAGCUAAUACCCAUCUAUACUGGCACCCAAAAGGUGGGCACAUCCGUCUUGUCCAAAUUGCUGUAGCCUUGUCUCACAUCAAGCAUGUAGCAUGUGACUUGUAUCCAAGUAUACCAGUCAUUUUCUGUGGAGAUUUUAAUAGUACACCAUCAUCUGGAACUUACAGUUUUAUUAACAGCGGUAGCAUUGCCGAAGAUCACGAGGACUGGGUUUCAAAUGGUGAAGAAGAAAAGUGCAAUAUGCCUCUAAGCCAUCCUUUCAAACUGCUAAGUGCUUGUGGAGAACCUGCUUACACAAACUAUGUUGGUGGGUUUCAUGGAUGCCUGGACUACAUUUUCAUUGACAGGAAUUCCCUAGAGGUUGAACAGGUCAUUCCAUUGCCAAGCCACGAAGAAGUAACAACCCAUCAGGCUUUGCCAAGUGUUUCACAUCCUUCUGAUCAUAUAGCACUAAUAUGUGACUUGAAGUGGAAAUAAAGUGUAUGGUGCUUUUGGUGGUUUUCAAACAAGAAAUUUAAUACUGGGGAAUUGAGGCUGCACCCUGGCUUGAUGCUACUAAAAGGAAAUUCAGAAUGAUCACUGAAAAGUUCCUGUGUUUAAUGGUUAUACUGAAUAUUAUCAGACUGUUCAGAAUAUUUGCAUGACAACUUUUUCCUUUCCCUUUUUAUAUGCUAAUAGGAAAAAAUAUAUUUAAAACAGGGGGGGUUGAAAAUUGGAUUAUCAUACACAUUUUUACUUGAGCUUUUAAAGGAUUAAGAAUUUUUUUGUAAAAAAAAAAAAUACAUAAACCUGAUUUAGGAGGGUCCAAACUCAACCCUGCUUAAUUCAGAACCAAAGGCAGAACAUGAAAAUAAAAGGGUUUGGUUGCUUCAGCCUCAGUGUAAUUACUGUCAUGAGAAGACAGUUUUUAAAAGCUAAGUUAAGUUCAGAAAUUCUCUUUCACUUACCGUAACUGUAGCCCAAUUUUCUGUUAAGUGGCAUGAACAAUGUACAUGCACCUACUACCUUCUGGAAAGCUGUUCUUUAAAUUACCAGUGAGUAGGCUUUCUGUCAACAGUCAACCAUGUUACAUUCAAGGUUACAGCUGAUUUGGAAGUGUUGUGCUUGCCCACUUCAUGUUGGGUAGUGAGGGUAACUAGCACCUGGUAAAAUUGGACUGCUUCUACUGUGAACAUCUGUUCCUUCUGUUGUUUACAAUCACUGGCAAUGAAAUAAAUACAAAAUCUUAGGACAGCCAGCUCUGGAUGGGAGGGAAGUCUUUAAUAUCAUUGACAAGCAGGGGCGAGAUACAGAAUAGCUGAUGUGGUGCAUUAGCUGUAUGUGCCUAAAUCUUCAAAAUGACUUGCAAACCUUUAUCACAAUUCUAUUUUGUUGCUCUAUUGCAUACAAAGGUGACCUGAAUUUUUAGUAGGGUUUGUAUUUGCAUUUUUUACCUUCUAGAAGGAUUCUGGUCUUCUUUAGGAGAUAACUUGGAUGUGGGAGAUGCAUUUUAUGCAUACCUUCACUGAAUGUGUUGGAAGGGUUUAACUAUUUAACCAGCUUCUUUCCCUGCAUCCAUUAGUCCAUAUGGAAAAAACAAUUUCAAAACCAUUUCACAGGGUCUCCCUCCUUCCCUGAAUAAAGUUCCCUUUUCAAUUGUC